UCAACUAUCGAAUAUAUAAACGCCAAUGUGAACAAUAUAUUUCAUUCAAACUAAUGGCAAUAUAAUGAGAAGGCGAAAAGGCGAAACAGUCAUUUCGUCUGCUGUCGGCUCUGACUUUCCGAGUAAAGAAAAGCAUCCUCGCAAGCCCCUGUGCCACAAGAGCAGCACGCACAAAGAUCAUAGACGGGAUAACGGGGACACGAAGGCAGAUCUCCAGGACGAAGGAGUCCGUAGCUUAGAAGCCAAUGAGCAAGAUGGACUUCCACAAGAAGUUUAUAUUAAGAGCGAGCCCUUAUGUGAAGAUCUUUGGGAUGUCUUGGACGAGCUGGGGGACAUACUGGAUGAAGAGCACGCCGACAUGUCAAAUAAAAGGCAGGGCAACAUUAUUGAUAUGAAGCAAGGCGACAUUGUGGAUAAGGAACAGGGAGUCAGUAUCUAUAUGGAUGAGGACGAGUUGAAUGAGGAAGAAGUGGACGUGCCACCGGCGCCCUCCAUCUCACUUACCGACGAUUCCUCUUUAUUCACCAGAAGAUCCAGGCGAGAAGCUGAUGUUUUUCCCUUCAGCUUUAAUGGGUCUUUAUACGAGUCGGGAGAAAUUCUUUCAAGUAAAGAAGGUCGAUCUGCAGGGAAGAAACCAGUUUGUAAUAAUAUUUUACCAGAAAUUGCCUUAGUCUUGUCCCAAAAAUCUCCAGAACAGAGCUCAAAACGGUGCAUUAUCAACGCUUUUCUCGAACGACGGUUCUCCUCGGAGAAUAGGAUAAAUCGAAGAAGCACACGCAGCCCAUUCAAUGAAAAGAGUGCCUCACAAAGCAAAUCGGUUAGUAGCAGCCGCACCCCAGGACACAGAAAGAGAAGGAACUCUAGGAGCCCCAUAGUACCCAAGCAAAGCUUAAGUCCGCCCAUCCACAGAAGACGAACCAGUCAAUCUAGAGACCACAAUAGGUCCCGAAAGCGGAGCUACUCUAGGGACCGACUCGAGCGGUGCCGCAGACUUCCAUCUAGGCGCAAACUUAGCUCAAGGUCCCUGAGCCCAGAUCGUAGAAGUCGUUCCCGUUAUGUGCGAAAUAGUCCUUUAGGUAGAGAGUCAAGGGAUGCGUCUCCCUGUCUUGGGAGCCGUCACAGAUCACGAAUAUCCCCAAACGUUGGAUGGAGGCGUGCCUCGAGGAAUUCGCCAGUACACCACUCUCGGUAUCGGUCAAGAAGUAACUGUAGGCCAACCAAUACUGCGGUACAACAUCAAAUAGAAACCAGGUCUUACCUGUGCGAUCGAUCGAGGAGCAGGUCCCGGUCGGCAAGGAAAACCCUCCGAAAGUGUUCCAGAAGCAAAUCCAAAUCUGCAAGAAUCACGCAGCAGGAGCUUUCAAAAAGCUUAUCUAACUCGCGAUCAAAGAGUAAAAACAGGCCAUCGAAGACCGUGGCUUGCCAACAUUCAAGAAUCCGAUCCAACAGUCCCCAGAAUCGCUCGAAGAGUAGCUCUCAGCCUGCACCCACCCAACAGCUGAAUACAUUUGAAAAUAGUCCCAGGGUGCCAGGCAUAGUUACUAGGAUAGUCGACGAGAGACAAUCACUUGACCAACCAUUUGAAGCCUUCUCACCGCCUUUGCCCGCAAUAUCACCGCGCCCCAUUUCUCCAAUGGUUACACUUCACGACAACCGACCUAACUGGCCAAAGAAGGUGCUCCAGUACCUCCUUCCCACCCCAAAUGUUCCACAAAUUGUCUUCACGCAGACGCACUACACCCAAACUGAGUACAGUUCGCAUGCGGGCAACUUUCCCAGUUCCUACGGACAGCCUUUUCCGGAGCUGGGGCCGUACGAUCUGCGCCACCGCUUGUCCACGACGCGUUCACUUUAUUACGUGGGGCCCAACGAUCUGCGGCACAGUAUCGGAGAAAUCUACUCGCCCCAAACCGCUCUCAAUGGCUACACCGAGUGGCCCACGGGGGUAACUGAGCAGUACGACCACAGUAGUUACUUCUGAAAGGCUCCUCCAUUUGAUUAACAUUAAAUUUUAUUACGUGCAACACAUA